UCCCCAACGAGUGAUAUAAAUGUCCAUUCUAUCCCACACAGCGAACCCACUAUCCGAUUUUACAUGUUGCACGACUAACUUCACGUGUAUCGUCACUCUAUCGCCGUUGCGUUUGCAAACUGUUUCAAACAAACCGUCGUCGAGAACGGAACGUGCGUGUGCAGCUCGUGCUCUCGUGUUGCUGAAGAUCUCGUCUUUGCCGAACAUCUUCAACCGAUAUAAAAAAAGGAUUAGGUGUAGAGUGUUUAUUCCUGCGUUUCCCGUUUCCCCCUGACGUGCAAAGUGUUUCCGUUUCAUUGCUGGCAUUUGUUGCCACGUGAUUUAUGCAGCUCUCCAGCACGCUGUUCAUAUAUAGCAGUACCAUUUACUGUUUCCCGGUCUUACUCUAUCCGAUGGAGUCGCCUGGUGCUGAUGGUAAUGCGUGAAAAGUGUGUCUAGUGUGUACGGUGGAUGGUUGUGCUCCCUUCUCAAUUUCAAAACCAUCACACGUUUUUUGUCUGGCAAAUUGUUCCAUUCAUCUUGCAAAUGCACGACACUACACCAGUUCAUUGAUCGUGGACGUGAAACGGUACGAUAGGCGAGAAUUUAUCACUGACUGCGAACCAUCGUUCCAUACGUGGUGGCCACUCGUGUUUCACACUAGCCUACGUUGUCUCAGCAAAUUGAGCAGUGAUUGAGUGCUGUCGUUACUACCACCGUGAUAUCUAGCACUGUUUCCAUUCAAAAGCAUCGUGUUUGUGUGUUGUGAGUGCAAAACAAAAAAGUUUCUUAAAUUAUUACCAGCGUCUGGUGCGAGCCAAUGUUUGAUGCACUAGUCUCCGGUGACCAUUAAUUACUUACCAGCGCGCAAAGUUUUCGUACUACCGCAGAUACCGAAGGUAUGGUGAAACAAAUGGGUGGAAAUUGAGUGGAAAAUUAUUCCUCACUUUGUCCGAGGCUGAUUUGAGGUUGCAGAAACGGAAAAAAGGAAAAGAAAAUCAUUCCCAAGCAAUCUGUACUGAUGGAAUAUUGAAUGCGUUUUGUCGUUCCACUUUUUACGCUGCUGUCUGCUUCACCGCCGAAUGAUAAAGUGGCGUCCAGAAACCGGCAUGUGAGACAUGUCAAGUGGAAAAUAUUGCAUCCAUAUGAGCGAGAAUACAUUUUUCUGUAGGUGAAGAUUGUGAAUCCGUUUGUGAUGUGGCGCGGCGCAAACUUUUGCUGUUGAUGCUGUGUAACGAGAUUGUCUUACUUCUCGGGUGAUUUAGAAGAUAUAUCAAAUUAAUGUGAAAUUCUUGAAAAAAAAAUGCUAAAACCUUAGCGAUCUGUGGGUGUGUGCCGUACAUUCAAAUGUUACAAAAUCGGAAGGGUGUCUUCGUACCAGUAAACACGUUGUGUAUAGAUAAAGACAUACAGAAACAUUUUUCGUCGUAGAUCAUCUUUUACGUGCAUGCGUGAUUUCCAUCUCAACUCGCUCGCACGCGCAUUUAAUCGUCCUUGUACUCGCGACACCGGUGCAGAUCCUUUUGAUCGCUCAACCAUGGCACAGCAACGCUAAAAAACCGUACGGUCCCAACCGGUGCCACCUGAUUCGAUCCCUUACCCAACUCUCCCAGGGGAGUUACCAAACAUGAUGGAGCUUACCCAGACAGCCGGCAGCAGCCUAAUCGCGGCCAUCAUCACCAACAGCACCGGUGAGGGAUUACCGGUCGAUGUGCUCAGUGGACACCGUACCUCACAGUAUCAGCAGCAGCAGCAGCAGCACCAGUCGCAACAUCCACACCACCACCAGCAGUACCAACCGCAGUAUCUGUACGCGAACGAAAGUGUAACUGGGCACGCAGGCGAAUCGCAGGGUUACGCGACGGACCCGAUCUGCAUCCUGCUGCCGAUAACGAUCUUCUACUGCUUCAUCUUUGUCGCCGGCAUUGUCGGCAACCUGUCCAUCUGCAUUGUGAUAGCGAAGAAUAAAUCGAUGCACACCGCCACCAACUACUAUCUGUUUAAUUUGGCCGUGUCGGAUUUUUUGCUGCUACUGUUCGGAAUGCCUCAGGAGCUGUACGGUACCUGGAAUCCGUUUGCCUAUCCCUUCAACCAGAUAGCUUGCAUCAUUACGGGACUGCUGUCGGAAACAGCCGCCAAUGCGACGGUGCUCACCAUCACGUCCUUCACCGUCGAACGGUACAUCGCCAUCUGUCAUCCAUUCCGAUCACACACCAUGUCCAAGCUGUCGAGAGCGAUAAAGUUCGUGAUCGUCAUCUGGCUGGUAGCGUUCGGGUUGGCCACACCGCAAGCACUCCAGUUCGGUAUCGUGGAAUACGGUGACUCACGCCAAUGUACGAUCAAAGAUGAACACUUUGUGCACGCGUUCGAGGUAUCCAGCUUCCUGUUCUUUGUCGGCCCGAUGACGCUUAUAGCGGUGCUGUACGUGCUAAUUGGAAUUAAGCUCCGGAAGAGCAAACUGCUGCAGGGCGUAAAACGGGCGUCAUCCGAUUACACUACUCCGCCCCGAGGUGUCAGCGCUCAGAGCAGGGUGAUUCGAAUGUUAGUGGCAGUUGUUGCAACGUUUUUCAUCUGCUGGGCUCCAUUCCAUGCGCAACGUCUGAUGGCAGUGUACGGGGUUUUCACCAAAACGGAGAGCGUGUUCUUCUACAAGGUGUACAUGGUGCUAAACUACAUUUCCGGCAUACUGUACUUCCUGUCCACCUGCAUUAAUCCGCUGCUGUACAACAUCAUGAGCCACAAGUUCCGUGACGCGUCCCGGCACACCCUUAAGAUGAGCUUCUGUGGUGAGAAUCGAAACAAAUCUGAUGGCCAACAGCAUACGUACAGUGCCGUCUCGCGGUACGGCGUUACCGGUGGUGGUUCGUUUAAGGUUCACUCCAACAACAUGGCAUGCAUCGGUACCGGCAUUCCGAUCGGUGCCGGCAAGCAACCGGCAAAUGGUACCACCGAAAGCCAGCACCAGCAGGAAUCGACCCUAACGCUGCUAACGAACGAUCGAUCGAACCGUAGCACAAUGCCACCUAUAUCAAUCCGACCAACCUACACCCGUGCCGAUUCACACUGCAUCUCGAUCAGCAGUAGCCAAUCGACUACCGGCACUAACGUCAGCAGCAAUGGAAAGCUAAGCCGUAGCUCGAACGGUUCACUACGGCACAGUGGCAAUCCACUCGAAACGCACGAACCCCCGAGCGGCCGUUUAUCAACGAUCGCUGAAAAGCUUCGACGAGGCACGAAGAAGGUACUAGCGUUCAGCAAGUCUCCCACCGGUACGCCGUGCAAAUCGCAUGCAGUACCGGUUGGUAAUGGCGCGGGUACGGAUGGAGUCAGCGAACGACGAAAGGCGUACCGUAAGCGAAACAGUUGCGACAGUGUCGACACCAACACGAUCAGCAACUCGAGCCUGAAGGAGUUCGAUGAGGAUGAAUUUAGUAGUGCAGAGUUAGCACGCUUUAUGGGUGAAGUAAACAGUGAAAUACGCUAGGUGGAAGGACCUAAUAAACUGCAACAGUACAAACAAAAACUCCAAUAACUCAGCGAAGCGAGAGAGAGAGAGAGUGUCUCGAUGACCUCAAACCCCAAAGAAAGUACGGUGUACAAAAGGAGGA